AAAUUAAGUCUUAAAAAAACCCAAAUUGUUACGUGGCUCUGGAGGCCUCUAGAAGCGUCCACAUAAUCGCGAAUCUCCUAUAUGAGUUGAGUUAGGGGGGCAUGAAUUAGCAGCGUGUUAGAGGAAGAUGAUCGAGGUGGUGUUGAACGACCGGUUAGGGAAGAAGGUUCGAGUGAAAUGCAACGAAGAUGACACAAUUGGCGACCUCAAGAAGCUUGUGGCCGCUCAGACCGGAACCAGACCCGAUAAGAUCCGGAUUCAGAAGUGGUACACUAUCUACAAGGAUCACAUCACCCUUCAGGAUUACGAAAUUCACGAUGGCAUGGGCCUCGAGCUCUACUACAAUUAAAACCUUAUGUAACUAAUGCUUUCAAUAUAAUAAUUAUUCAUCAUAAGUAAGAAUGGUUAUUAUUUUGUUCGUGUAAA